AUGUCCAAAUCCUGGUUCAAACGUAAAGGGAAAAAUCCUCAUCCAAAGUAUUCUGGUGGCACAACUAUCUCUCAGUCAAACACUUCGACCGCCAGUACGGGUGGGGGUUGGGAGAAAACACGCGAUAUAGCUAUCCCCUUCCUAGAAUUCGUCGCCAACAUCUCAGAAGCAUCUGAUGUGCUCGCUCCCCUUAAAGCAGCAUGUAGUGCCACGAAAAAGGUGCUAGAAACGAUACGCGCUAUACAGAACAACAAGGAAGACUGGAGUCAUCUUUCUCAGCGUCUUCAAGGCCAUCUGGAAUCGAUGGAGGACCAGAUCACGGUCUUUGAAGGAUAUCCCGAGGAGAGUCGCAAGGCCGACGACUCUUUGCGACAACCAUUGCUUGCCUAUGUCAGGCAAGUUUUGCACUCCAUGGUGGGAGAUCCGGCUUACAAAGUGAACAGAAAACUCGAAGAAAUGCAGAACGCAGUCGAAGGGCGAACCCGUUCACGGCUGUUGUCUCGAGCAACAAAAGUGGACAUUGACGCAGGCGAUAUUCAGAAGUUUCACAAAGAUAUUGAUGAUUGUCACCAAAGACUUACUGCCGCUCUAGCCGUCACCUCUGCACUUCACAUUCAAGUCAUCAAAGUGGACGUGGUUGCUAUUUUUCAGCUGCCUGUCAUUCUUUCGACAUCAUCUACGGUGCAUGAUUGCUGCAAGCCGGGAACCCGAGUGGCAGUCCUCGACAAUAUCCGCCACUGGGGAGAGGGAGAAUUCUCGGAGCCUAUCUUCUGGCUUUGUGACAUUGCGGGCUCGGGUAAAUCAACCGUAUCAACGAGUAUGGUCGCAGUUUGGAAGGACGCAGGCAUGCUCGCGGGUCAGUUCUUCUUCUCGAUCAACAGCAUGGAGGAGUCUGCCAUUACCAAACUGUGCCCAACAUUUGCCAGACAAAUGUACGAGAACGUUCCAGCACUGGCCCCCUAUGCUGUCGACGCAGUCAAACGACACCCUGCCAUCAUGACGAGACCAUUCGAAGAGCAAUUCCAGAAGCUAAUCGUCGAUCCGAUAAAGCACCAUGGAAAGCCCGUCAUCAUUGUCAUUGAUGCACUUGACGAGUGUCGGCUCAUAAAGGAAAGGCAGCGGCUACUUGAAGCAGUCUCGGCUGCGUCUCAAACUACUCCGCAUCUCAAGUUUUUCCUGACGAGUCGGCCAGAUCCCGACAUUGAGAAACUAUUGGGUCCCCUAACACUCAAGAAGAAGCUCGAAUUUCGCCUUCACGACCGAAGUUUUCAAGAUAAUGUGGACGACGUAGCGACGUACAUCCACGAGACGUUGAAAGAUGUCCUGUCUCACGAGCAACGUCUGAACCUGAUCAAAAAAGCAAAUGGACUGUUCAUCUGGGCCAAGACCGUUUGCCAGAUGUUCGAUCCGGAGAGACGAUUUGAACCUCCAGACGUCGUUUAUGAGAAAAUAACUUCUCGAGAAUAUUCCAGCGACAUUGAUUCGGUUUAUCAACUCGUCCUCGAGCGUAUAGAGCCGCUCGAUGCUCGUCAAGCUGCGACCAAGAUGCUUGGUGUACUGGUUACAGCCUUCGAGUCCCUUACUCUUGUGGGUUUGAGCAAGAUUUUGGAGGAAAUGGGACAGAGAGUGGAUGCAGACAACUUGACCAAACGGCUGGGUAGUGUCUUGCAUGUGGAACCAGUCACGACACUGGUCCGGUUCCGCCAUCAGACAUUUCUCGAAUAUCUUAAGCGACGUAGUAGCUCGGGAGAUAGUAUUAACAUGACUGAAUCCCACACAGCGCUCACGCAAUGGAGCUUGAAGAUAAUGAAAAGGGAGCUCAAAUUCAACAUAUGCCAGAUCGAGUCGUCUUUUAUUCCAAAUGCAGCGAUAGGAGAUUUCGAGAGUAGGGUCUCCAGGUUCAUCUCGCCUGAGCUCCGUUACGCCAGUUCUCAUUGGCUAUUUCACCUGUCAGAAAUGGAUGACCGAUCUCGGGAGAUGGAAUUGAAACAAGUUCAGUAUGCGGUCCAAAGCCCACAAGUAUUGUACUGGGUCGAGGUUAUGGGCGCCGUCCUCGGAGUGCCACGAGCAAUAACUGGUUUACGGCGUGUUGCGUCAUAUUUCAAGCAGGGCGACAUCCACGACCGCAUGGCGGACAUUAAGCGAUUUCUGAUGGCCUUCUCUACGCCAAUUCAGGAUAGUCUCCCCCACAUUUAUAUCUCAGCUCUAUCUUUCACACCUUUGGACUCUACUUUACGCAAGGAAAGCCAGAAGUGGUUUCCAAAUAUUCUCUCGGUGACACAGGGUCUCGACGAGGGAUACCCUGGACUUCCUCACGAACUCAUAGGACAUGAAGAGGAAAUAUCUGCUAUAUCACUUUCACCAGAUGGACUCCGUAUUAUCUCCGGUUCAAUGGAUCGAACUAUUCGCCAGUGGGACCUCGAAACAGGUCAAAUGCUAGGAAAGCCAUUACGAGGGCACACUGAUGCAGUAAUAUGUGUAGCAGUGUCUCCUGAUGGAUUCCUUAUUGCUUCAGGGUCCAACGACGCCACUAUACGCUUAUGGGACGUGGAAACAGGUAAUGCCAUUGGAGAGCCUCUAAAUGGGCACACGUACCCUGUGCUGUCAGUUUUAUUCUCACCGGAUAGCCAGCAUAUAUACUCUGGCUCCGUGGAUGAUACUAUACGUUUAUGGGAUGUUGAGGGUAGGGAAGCUUUGGGGCAACCACUCGAAGGCCACGAGAAAGCUGUGACAUGUCUGGCAAAUUUUCCGGACGGUUUGCGCCUUGUCUCUGGAUCAGCCGAUCGAGCGCUGCGAAUAUGGGAUCUCAAGACUCUGCAGCCUGUAGGACAGUCCAUGGAAGGACAUGACAAUGUGGUUACAUCUGUUAGCGUCCUGCCUGACAGUCUGCAAAUUCUUUCCGCAUCGCUUGAUGGUACCAUUCGGUGCUGGGACAGCAUGACCGGCGACCAGUUACAAGAGUGGCGUAUGCCGCUCAUGGGUCGCGCGCUUCGUUUAGAUAUCAGGGUCGAUACUGCGUUCUCACCUGACGGGACACGCGCCAUAUCCUUUGGCAGAAAGUUUCUGGUUCUUUGGGAUAACUGCUUUUCCGAGCCUCACAACGCUGUGGUCACGGGAUCAGGCCGCGGUAUCAUUUUGCUAUGGAACACUGAUGAUUUGAAUCCAGUUGGCAAGGCCCCUCAAGGCCACACGAGCUCCGUCAGGUCCGUUGCAGUAUCGAAUGACGGUUCAAAGAUUGCCUCCUGCUCUUUCGAUGGAAAUAUCUACCUAUGGGACGCAAAAACAGGCAAAGAGUAUGGAGUGCCACUGGAGGGUCAUAUCGGGGAUGUUUCAUCAGUCGUUUUCUCGGGUGAUGAUUCACUCGUUGCUUCCGGGGGCGAGGAUUCGACUGUACGAGUGUGGAACGUUGCAACCCAUCAGAUGUCCGGAGAUCCGUUUACGGAUCACACCACACGGGUUGAGUCUCUAACGUUCUCCCAUUACGGACAUUGCGUAGCGUCAGGCUCGCGUGAUGGAUCUAUCUAUCUUUGGGACGUGGGGACCGUUCAAGUAGUUGGAAAACUCUUACAAACCCAUAAUGACGGAAUAGCCUCUCUUCAUUUCUCUCCUGACGAUUCAAGCAUUGUUUCGGCAUCUUGGGAUGGUAUGAUUUGCCUAUGGCGUGCCUCGACGGGGGAAAUGAUCAACCGAGUCGAAUAUACCACAGGUUUACACUCGGUAGCUAUGUCUCUGGAUGGACUACAGCUUGCUGUCAUUCCAGGUGCCGGCCCUGUUUCCGUGCUGGACGCAACGACUGGCAAGGAAGUAAAAAAAUUGGUGGACCAUCUAUCAAAUUUCUGGGCAUCCGCACUUUCAUCCAAUUGGCAGCUUCUUGUCUCUGGACUAUCCAAUGGAGUGGUACAGCUAUGGGACACGGAGUCUCAGAGGUGGAAGGCAUUCCUGAGAGGUCACACCGACGGUGUGACUGCUCUUACACUGUUCCCUGAUGGAAGUCGUGUCGUAUCCGGUUCACAAGAUGCUACAAUUCGAGUUUGGGACUCUUCAUUCGAUAUGGGUCAAGCUAAAAUCGAAGAGGUGGAACCUGAGGACAUAGCCGAGCCCUCGUCUUCCCAUGAAAGACGACUUCCAUUCUCGAUUUCUGACCUUAGGAAUCUCAUGCUCUCUGAGGAUGGCUGGGUGAUGUCAAAUGACCAACUGGUCUUUUGGGUACCUCCUCAGAACCGCCAUGGCCUUGAAUAUCCUUGCCUCCUUAGCAUCCCUAUCACAGGCAACUACCGCGCAACAAACAUAGACUUUACCAAGUUUACGUGUGGUUUGUCGUGGACACAUAAUGCGAAAGAAGGCGCACAUGAUCUUGAGGACGUGGAAGACCAGGGGUCAGGUUCGUUGUUCAGCCUUUCUCUGCGCGAGCUCGGUCAAAAUGGGACAAUAUGCUGGAAGAACCUAUCCACGCCACCGGAGGGAAUCUUAUCAAUCAUUGCGGUCGAUCCUGUCCAGGACAUUUUGGCAGUCGAAGCCGGGAGCUGGUCUGAUAUAAGGCUUCUCUUCCUCUCACUUUCGACACUCGAACUUAUUCCGAGUGACAUUGACAUUAAUCCCAAUGAUCACCACAUUUGCUCGGUUUAUUCAAACUUGUGCUAUAUUGGCGAGCAAGGGGACGAAGAAUUUCGGCUUUGUAUCAAGGACUGGCGUACGGGGGAGACAAUACUGGAUGAAGUAGAGUAUAAUCAAUUCUGUGAUCCAAUCAUUUUGUCGUCAGAGUAUUUCUUGGUCGGGACCACAGAUCCAUCGUCCACUGCUAUUGUGAUCAGAGGCUUCGACGACGACCGAGCUGUAACGUUACAGCUGCCGGAGUGCGUUGCAGACGUGGUGCCGGUAUCUUCGACCUGGAUUUCAUCGAGAUCCUCCAGGCCUCACAAGAUGCUGGUUUCAUCCACGGCAUACGACGUCGUCUUGCUCAGUAUCCGAUUGCAGAUGUCCGUGGAGGACUAUGACGAGUGGGACUUCAACCUAGUAAUCAAAUCCAAGGCAUUAUCGCACUUCUUCACAAACUACAGCGGCUGCCAACUUUCAUGGGAACAAUGGGGACCCCAAUCGGCGCGCCUGCUGCCUAUUACGGAGCCAGAUACCGUAUCGCCACUUUCCGUCCAUGGAUCUCGUGUACUGCUCUCCAUGUCACCAGUAGUCCUCGCCUCUCUGUAUGGAGAAGAGGCUUUUGGGCACCCACAAAAGUGCUCAAAUGAGAGGCAAAUCGUCCUUCUUGACUUCAAUCCCGGUGCCGCAUCAAUACCUUGCGGUCAUAGAGAGCCAGGCCUCAUACGCACCAUGGACACGACGCUGUUUGAACCUGCCAUGCUUCGCCCAUCAGAAGUGUCAGACGGUCUCCUCUUUACGGUGCUCAAUAGUCGACCCGCAACCUUGAAGAUGGGAAGAUUUCAUCUCACGGAUAACGUUCUAAUCGAGGAAGAUGCGGGUGAGUGCACCAUGUAUUGGAUGGGUGAUCCAUAA